GAUCUAUUAUUCCCUAACCUUUAAAAUUCCUAAAACUGAAAAAAAGUUUAUGUUAUUAUUAUUUUGUGUUUAGAAGACAAUGGUAUUGAUUUCGGAAUUUAGUAUGUGUUUUUGUUUUCGGUGUUCAGACGAGGAGCGCUUUAUAAACUCUAAAAGUGAUUCUUAACAAUUUUAAAGGUUAGGUAACAAUAGAUCAGAUUUUCAAAGGUUUCUUUGGUGUCAUUUUUAGUAUUUUACCCCACAGUUUCCCUCCACUUCAAAGCCUUGCCCACUUUAAGCAACUAAUAUUGUUGGUAAUUUUUUCUAUUAAAAUACUCGAAAACUAUAAGUUUUUGACGGAACUACCAUAGAAGAAAAUUGUCUUAGAAUAGUCUUAACUAUGUGAAAAACGUGUUUUAUAUAAGAAAUUGAGCCCACAUACAAAUUUAAUGGAAGUUCAGGAAGAGGAUCAGUGUAGGUCAAGGGUGAACAUAAUGAUCAUUGGUCAACAAUAUGGAUUUUAAUGAAGCUUAUGAUGACACCAACACCUCAGUGGGCCUCACUGCUCGUAUUGGUCACGUUAAGGCACUCAAGAAUCUUCUGCGAGCCGGUCAUCCAAGUAAUGGGCAUGACAACCGUGGGUGGCGUCCUCUGCACGAGGCUGCGGCAGGGGGUCACGUAGAAUGUGUUCGCUUGUUGUUGUUAGCGGAUGAUGCAGAUGUUGAUGCCAUGACACAUGAGAGGACGACUGCUUUACACUUGGCUUGUUUGUCACAACCUUGUCACAGCAAAGUGGUGAAGCUUCUACUUAAUGCAGGAGCUGAUGCUAAUAUGACACAAGGAGACAACUGGUCUCUGCCUCUACCAAAAGCUGUGGUAAACAAGAACUUGGAAACAGUGAGGUACCUGCUAGCUGCGGGAGCUGAUCCUAACCGUGAAGACCAUAAGUUUGGGCUGCCACUCCAUGUUGCUGCUGGAAAGGGUUUACUGGAAAUAACACAACUUCUUCUGGAAAGUGGUGCAGACAUAAACAAGGUUGAUGAGUUUCACCGGACAGCUCUACACGUACUCACUUACCACCAGAAUGUAACGGCUGAUGCCCUCCUAGUUCUUGACUUACUCCUGGAAAAGAACAUUAACGUCAAUGCAAGGAUGCAAGACGGUACCACUGCACUAAUGUUGGCCAUUCAGAGCAACUGGAAGGAUGCUGUCUUCAGGCUGCUUGAACAUGGAGCUGAUGUCAGAAUAAUGAAAACCGUCGGGGUGUUGGCUCUUCAUUUUGCAAUUGAGUUUUGUCCCGUAGACACAGAACUAUCCUCCAGUGGUUGGUGUAGAGACAGUGAUGACAGCACAGCCGUCCUGGAGAAGAUCCUUAGCCUUACACCCAGAGAUCUCAUCAUCCCAGAGACAGCAGAGCUUGUUAAGUACAGCUUUUUCCACUUGGCUGUUGAGUGGGAUAGAUUCAAGUGCUUGAGGACCCUGAUAGAGGCUGGGGUUCCACCAGACAAGUUCUUGCAGGAGAGUAGCGACGCUGCCCUUGAUGAGGCCGACGUUGACCUUUUCCGCCAGGUACCCCUGGUGCUGCAUCUUGGUACAUGUGUUGACACGCCACUGGGCUUCCUCCUCUCUAAGCCUCUCACCAGACAGAGGGUGGACACUGCAAAGUUAAUGAUAGACAAAGGGAGUUGUGUAAAUGCAGUGAACAUGUUGUGUCUGCCACCCCUGGUAGCAGCCGUCAAACAUCAGCGCAUCUCGUAUGGUGAAGGCGCUCUCGGUUCUGAGAUCGUCCAGUAUCUACUUGAUCACGGUGCUGAUGUUAUGUACAAAAAAAGAGAGAGUAAUGUCCUGCCAGUAGCUCUAUAUGUUUCAUCUUUGUUCAAUGUCGUCGCCUUCUUCAGACUUCUACAACAGGGUGCACCAGCACACCAGGUUUUCAACCGAGACACUCUUGAAAAACUCUGUGAAAAAUACUGUUCCAGUUCAUUUUAUGAAGUGUAUCCCAUGUUCCCGUGGCGUGUGAUAGCAGCGCUCCAUACCCUCAACUUAUUUGUUCCACAACUUACUCUGGACACAAGGCUACUGUUUGACCAAGGCAGGAUGGUAGAAGAUGAUAAUCUUACCACAGCUUGGAAUAACCUAGAUUCUAUUAUUAGCACCCCCAAGUCUCUGCAGCAGCUGUGUGUACUGGCAGUCCGACGUGCUGUUGGGGAUAAGAGAGGUUGGCGUCGACUACCAUCAUCUCUUAAUCAUUUAAAAUAUAUGGAUGCUCCACUGCCUCCCAUAAUUAUGGACCUUCUAAACUUUCGACAGAUAGACACAGAGACUCUGUACCAUUCCCCACCCCUGAGUGCCAUGCCUAUCUACCUCUCUCCCAAGUCUCCCAUGGACACUGACUCAAGUGAGGAUGAAGAGCUAAACAACCUGUUAGUGCCCUUACAGGAGGAAAGUGAUGCUGAAGAGAUGGAAACUGCUGAGGAGCAUGAAGAUGAGUAGAGACAUUUAGCACAAACUGCUGUAUUGCCCAUGAAAGGGAUCUCAAUAUUUGAGUCAGUAGGAAAUCUGUCUCUUCUUUUUAUAUAGAUACAGUAAAUCCUCUAUUUGCGUCGUUCCUAAUUUCGUAGUUUCCCAUAAUUAUCACUGUGGGCACGUUAAGGGAAAAAUUAUAAUUUAAAUUCUUGUUUUAUAUUAACUUUGAUCUUUUUAAAUUCAAAUUCACUAGCUGCCAUUGCUACUUUGAGCAGUCAUUACAAAAAAAAAUUAUCAGCCAUUUAUGGUGUGAGUUAAAUUCUAUUUACUUUGUGCAUAUUGUGUUUUCCUGCAUAAAGAAGGUUUGGUUGAACUUGUUUGUUAUUUAAUGAGAAAUAAGAGAUUGUAAGGGGAAAAUAUUUUACUAGUGGUUGCAUCUGUGCCAGCUGUUUUGAUACCUCCUAGUGUCAUUAAUUUGUAUUUUCAUAACAAUUGUUCGCCUUUACUUCUUUUGAUAAAUACGUAACAAUUCAACACACGUCCAAACUCCUGUACACGGCAUUAGUACUGUACAUAUAUAGUACUAUCAUUUAAAUUAAUAAAAAUCUUCAAUAAC